AUGGCUGAUUAUGUACAGCUCGUUGACGGGCUGUUAUAUCUCGUGGUGAACAACUUCCAUCACACAUCUCUGGACUGUUCUAGCGUCCUUGUGAAUUUGAAUGGGCGUAUCAAAAUUGGCACGGUAGCACGGAUCGAUUGCUGUGUGUUCCAGCAAAGAGGUAGAGCCGAUGCCAGUGACCUGGCGCCAGUGUCGAGAAUUAUGAUGGAAUUGAUGCAAAAAUAUGUCAAAGAAGAUAGGGCAGUAGGAAUUGAUAAUCUCGACCGCUGGAGAACCUGCCCGGCUGCGAUCGAAUUUCUCUGCGCGACGACCUCGGCAGGCUCUUUUGAAGAACUGAAAGAGCAACGACUGUUGACGGAAAUCUCAUGCUGCCCAGGGAAUCUCAUCGGACUUGCGUGGUUCGCGUUGAUCUCUGCUCGCACAUUCUACUCGUACACGCCAGGCCCCAUGAAGAACGAUUGA